GGCCAGUUGUACUGUUAGAGGGGCCAGUUACAUUAGACGUUACUGUUGUCAUAUCAUUUUCUUCACUGCAUUGCAGGCAUUAGCAGGCGAAAAGACCAUGUUCAUAAUCAUCAUCGUUGCCACUGUCUAAUAACGGAUGUAAAAAAAGAACAUAGCAAAAAUGAGUUGUGUAAAAAUGAUUUCAUACUCCACAUUAAGGGCCCCCCCCCCCACAUUUUUUUUGUCACGGGCACAAAAAGUGCACUAUCCUACAUGAGUGCGCUGGUAUAACGGUUGCUGUCCUUUCAGAUUCAUGAACCUGGGUGCCUUAUGUAGGCACCCGAGUGGCACAGCGGUCUAAGGCACUGCAUCUCAGUGCUUGAGGCAUCACUACAGACACCCUGGUUCGAAUCCAGGCUGUAUCACAACCGGCAGUGAUUGGGAGUCCCAUAGGACAGCGCUCAAUUGGCCCAGCGUCGUCUGGGUUUGGCUGGUGUAGGCCUUCAUUGUAAAUAAGAAUUUGUUCUUAACUGACUUGCCUAGUUAAAUAAAAAAAAUCCUUGACCCAUUGGAAGUUUCACCCAGUUGACUACUUCAAAAUGGUGAAAGUCUUCAAUGGUGCUGCCCAUGUUAAAAAGUAUUUUGGGCACUAGAGUCCUAUAUCUAUCUAUAUGGAAAUACUAUUCAACACUUUGGUAGAUCAAGUACAAAAUAUACUGAACAGAAAUAUAAAUGCAACAUGCAACAAUUUCUGAGUUACAGUAAGGAAAUCAGUCAAUUUAAAUAAAUUCAUUAGGCAUAAAUCUAUAGAUUUCACAUGAAUGGGUAGGGGUGCAGCCAUGGGUGGCCUGGGAGGGCCACUGGGGAGACAGGCCCAGCCAAUCAGACUGAGUUUUCCCCACAAAAGGGAUUUAUUAAAGACAGAAGUACUGCUCAGUUUCAUCAGCUAUCCGGGUGGCUGGUCUCAGACAAUCCCGCAGGUGAAAAAGCCAGCUGUGGAGGUCCUGGACAGGCGUGGUUACAUGUGGUCUGCGGUUUGUGAGGCCGGUUGGACGUACUGCCAAAUUCUCUAAAACGACAUUGGAGGUGGUUUAUGGUAGAGAAAUUAACAUUCAACUCUCUGGCAACAGCUCUGGUGCCAAUUGCACGCUCCUUCAAAACUUGGGACAUCUGUAGCAUUAUGUUGUAUGAGACAACUGCACAUUUUAGAGUGGCCUUUUAUUGUCCCCAGCACAAGGCACACCUGUGUAAUAAUCAUGCUGUUUAAUAAUCUUCUUGAUAUGCCACACCUGUCAGGUAGAUGGAUUAUCUUGGCAAAGGAGAAAUGCUCACUUACGGGAUGUAAACAAAUUUGUGCACAUUUGAGAGAAAUACGUUUUUUUUGUGCAUAUGGAACAUUUCUGGGAUCUUUUAUUUCAGCUCAUGAAACAUGGGACCAACCCUUUACAUGUUGCUUUAUAUUUUUGUUCAGUAUAGCAUGCUCAGCUUCUGCUAUUAUAUCUGCUAUGAUAUCCCAUUUUCUAAAGUCUUGAGAAAAACAAGGUCUAAAAAUGUGGAAGGUAUAUAGGCUAAGAGUUAUUUAUGGUCACGAAAUAAAUGUUUAUAUUAAUAAUUCUGGUAUAGAAUGUUUAGAAUAUGGUCCAUAAUCAAUAUGCAUUGAUUCAAAUAGUCAAUUUGAAUUGUGUAUCCAGGUCAUCAUUGAUCAUAUCAAAGAAUUCCUCAUGGUCUACUGUAUAUUGGUUUUGAAUAUCCACUGUGCGCCCUAGUGUUUUCAGCUACAAACAUGCGGUAAUGCUUUGUGAAACGAUGAGAUUUCUGGUGCAGCAUGUUGGGGGUUUCGCGCAGUGUCAGUGUCACUACAUUACCGCUUGCACGCAUUUAUUGAAAGAACGGAUUGCAAUGUCAAUCGGAGGAAUGCGCUGAUCUCGGGAACUAUAGAACAGACACAGGAGAACAGACACUCAUCGAUGAGCCAAACUGAGGCAAGUAUCUUCGUAUUAUGGUCUAUAUUAGCCUACUAAUGUUGGCGCAAAUAUUAUUUGGAUAUUGCUUGUUUUAUUAGAAUAUGUUUCGACCAAAUGGGUGUAGCUUGCUGUAGUUAUUUUACGCGUUGUAAACUUACGGUCAGAAUGUAUAUUCCAUGGGCGCAAUGAAAAUGAUAGGGCACCGGAUAGGCGACAUGUAUCCGAUUUGUGUGUGAAAAGUGUAAUUUAGUCAGCAGGCGUAGGAUCAUAUUCAAACCAUCUGCCCAACAUUGUUUUCAGAAUUGUUGGUGGCAAUAUUACCGUUAUGCGCAUGCAAUAACCUUUUAUGGAUAGCCUAUAUUUUAUUGUAUACCCUAUAUAUGGCAAAAGAGGCCCUACUUUAUUAUGCUGCGGGUGUGGUGUCAAGUCGGUUCCACUGGUUAGUUGGUCAGUAUGGAGCAGUGCAGAUUCUCAAAUUGGAGUCCUCAUUCAAAGAUUCUGAUAUGUUGAUAAAAACAACCUAUUUUCUUCCCUAUGUUUCAUCAAUGGUUUAUCCUUGAUUCAUCAUGAUUUAACAUAAAACUACUAUUGAAACUGUUACUAAUAUAUAUGCUCCACAACAAGGACCUCCUUAGUUACAGCCCCUUGAAUAGAUAAUGAAGGGCUUGUAGUGGUGCAUUGAGAGUAACAGCAACAUCUAGGCCCUAGGGACUUGAAAAUACUUGUUCCUCUCCUGCUUCUUGUCAAUGACACAGCUGGUUGAUCCAUAGAAUUAGGAAUCGGAAUACUAAUUAAUGAACUAAUGUAAUUUAAUAGGAUUUCUAUGGGUUUAUCCAUGAUCACUGGUGGGUCAUAUGUGGGAGAAGGAGAGUGUGAGAGACUAGCCUAUAUAGUCCUUAGUUAUCUCCCAGCCGCUUGUUCCGAACCUAGGAAAGGCUGCUGGUGUCAAAUGGAUGUCGCUGGUUUGGUUCCACUGUCAAUCAAUAUCAGGCCAAUAAAAACUUUCCAAUCUCUUAGGUCUAUAGAGCCAUUGGACCUUUGUGGCCGUGGUCACUUUCUGCAUGCCUCAGGCAGCUCAGGUCUGUCUAGAUGGAGAUGUCUGCGGGUCCAGCGGGGGGCACGCAGAGGACUGGUACGGUGAAGAGGAAGAUGUGGGGGGGCCUGAGGCAGCAGUGGAAGCUUCUCGGCCUGUUUGAGAUCGACCAGCAGCACGAGUUCUACAGCCUCACCUCUAUGAUGAAGGAAGGCCUCUCUGCAGCCGUGCAGAACACCAUCGACAACCCACCACCGGAUGAAUUGUCGGAAGAUGACUACAGAUUGGAGGUCACUCAAAUACAUGAGGACUUCAGAAUGGAGACGUUUGCAGGGCCAGUGUUUGCCAGCUUGCGUCGCUCCUUGGGGAUGACAGAAAAGGAGUAUCAGCACUCUCUCUCCAACGACGGUUCCUACCUGCAGUUCAUCAGCAACUCCAAAAGCAAGGCCGACUUCUUUCUCACGAACGAUAAGCGGUUCUUUCUGAAGACCCAGAACAAGAGAGAGGUGCAAUUCCUCCUGUCCAACCUAAGAAUCUACAUGGAGCACCUAGAGAAGUAUCCUCAUUCACUGCUGGUCAAGUUCUUAGGUGUCCACAGGAUCAAAAUUCCACAUAGGAGGAAGAAGUACUUUAUUGUAAUGCAGAGUGUUUUUUACCCUGACGAUCGAAUCAAUGCCAGGUAUGACAUCAAGGGUUGUGAGGUGAGCCGGUGGACAGACCCAGCCCAAGAGGGAAGUCAGGUUAUUGUUGUCCUCAAGGACUUGAACUUCGAGGGCCAGUACAUCACUCUGGACCAGCAUCGUCCAUGGCUGCUUCGGCAGGUGGAGAUUGACACGUCGUUCCUGCAGAGACUCAAUGUGCUGGACUACAGCCUCCUGGUGGCUCAUCAGCCCCUGCACCAGGAUGAACGCCACCAGUGCCUGUCCUUCGCCACCCUUAUCAUGCGCACUAAAAAGUCAGUGAUCACAUGCUCAAGUCCCACCCAUGCGGGCAUGCCCACUGUUCCGGGGGCGGUCCCAGAGGAAGAUUCCGCCCUGUUGAUAUCAGAGAUGGACGCCGGGACAGGAAGUUGCAGCGUUACUGAGUCACGGGUAGGAAGUGCCCUGGGCAGUGCCCCUUCCGGGAGACCCUGUACUGAGCAGCCGGUGGGAAUGGUCACGGAUUCGAUGGAACUGCGAGACUUCCAGGCCCAGAACCGCCGGCUGCUGCCCAACUUCAGAAACCCGCUGCAUGUCAUUGACGGACCGGAGCAUCGCUACUUUGUGGGCAUCAUCGACAUCUUCACUGUCUACAGCUUCAAGAAGAGGCUGGAGCAUUGGUGGAAGAGACUGCGGCACCCAGGGCAGGCCUUCUCCACCGUCAGCCCCCCCGCUUACUGCCAUAGGCUCUGCCAGUGGGUACAGGACCACACCAGGUAGACUCAAAAAGAGGGGAGGAUGAGGAUGGUUACUCCCGCUAGCACGCUGUCUGCCCAGGGACACACAUGCACGCAAAUACACACACACACAGACUAGCAACUGUGAUGCUGUUCAGAGACAUAAAGCUAUUCUUUUAAAGCGCUGUAAUUUCA